AUGUCAAAUAAUAAUGGAACAUAUGUCAAAGAGUCGGAUUUUCCAACAAAUACCGAUUAUUCUCAUGUCCAUGAAAAAAUUGUUGAUGGAACUAAUAAUACUGUCAACAAACAACAAAUAUUGACAAAUUAUGGUGAUACACUUCCAGCAAUUUCAAAUCAAAACUCAUCGAGUAAUUUGGUGGUUGCUUGUAAUACAUAUGAUGAAAAUCAAUAUUAUGAUGAAGGUGAAAGUUUGUUUAAUAAACAACUCAUUCUAUUGAAAAAUCUAAAAUCACCAUUCGAUAUUCAAUAUAAAACUGAUUAUUUUCCUUGUGGAGGUAAGAAUGCGAAUAAACCACAACCACCUCAUUAUCUUCAUUCUGUUGACGAUGACAAAAAUAUUAUUAUCAAAUUUCCACAUGAUUUUAAACCUCCUAAAAAAUGUGAUAAUUAUUACCUUGAAGUAGCUCUUUUAACGGUGCCUCGAAUUGGACAACAUUAUAUACAUGUCAAUAAAUUUCAACUAGAUAAUACAGAUAAUACAGUUAUGGAUCAAAAUCCGUUCUGCAUUCGUUUAACCGAAGAACAUUUUAAAAAAGGAGAAAUUUCAGUUAAAUUAGUGUUAGUUAAAACACGUCGUAAUGAUUUACGUAAUAUAUCAUCAUUACAAUUAUUUAACGAACAGGAUUCUUUAAAUUGGACAGCAGAUUGUAAAACUAUUUCAGAUUUAGAACAUGAUUAUGAACUUUCUCAUGCAAUGGUGGCAUUCUCUCUUGGAUUUAUUAAUAAAAAUAAUAAAUUUAUUCGAUUUACGAAAACAACAAUUAUAUCAAAUGAAAUUGUUGAAAAAGAAAAAUCAAAAUCAUCAGAUAGUAUAACAUGUCCUCAUUGUUCACUUAGCUUUAAUAUUAAAGAACAAAAAUCAAAAAAUCAAAAACGAUCUAUUUCUUCAUCGAAUUCAAUUGAUAAGAAGUGUCCAUCAAAGCGUCAAAAAAAAAACUCAAAUUAA